ACCUGUGUCACCAGUAUAAAAACCAAGUCGGGCAACGUCACAGGAUAAGCGAUCGUGUCUUGGACUGGAACUGAUAGCGAGAGGGAGGUCGUGUCUUGGACUGGAACUGAUAGUGAGGGGGAACUGUUAACGAUGAUGUCUCUUGUAGUCGUCGCUUUCGUUGUGAUUUGUGCAACACUGUCAGGUGGAGCUCCAACAAACCAUACUGCAGCUUAUUGCCAUUCACUGUACAAACGUACCUGUCAAUACCACGUCAACGAGAAACAGAUCUAUUGUGGCAAUGAUGGCAAAAAGUACCACGGCGAAUGUGAGUAUAUGCUUGCAUACUGUGAGCACGAAGUCAAACUCGCCGGCUACGGGGAGAACUGCACCCACAAGAUCCACGUCACACAUCCUAGCCAGCCCCCACCUUCCCAUUUUGAGCUUGGGCUCUAUGGUGCGAUAACCCACGGAAUCGACGACAGACUGAAGGCAGCCAAGGCCAGAAACACCCCUGUAGCUCUUGCCAAGAAGGUGUACACCAAACAGGAUCAUGCUAACAAGGUGUACGUCCGCAACAAGGACUGCUGGGCGUAUGGCCUUGACCUGACCUCCAUCUCACCCUGGAACAGCAACCGGGCAAAUACUGGAACUCUGGUUUCUCCAAGACACGUUUUGUGGUCACGGCUUAGCAGCUUCAAGCUCAACUCAACUGUUAGGUUUGUUGAUCAAAACAACAACGUAGUUGAGCGCCGUGUCGUCACGUCCACUGCUAUACGCAGUCACAGCUUGAGUUUAAUGUUUAGUCAGCACAUCUUGGUGGGUGAACUGGACAGUGAUGUCCCAAGCUCCAUCUCCUUCUCUAAGGUGAUGCCCAGAAACCUGACCCAAUUCCGUGUGCCUUACAAUAUUCACAUUCCAGCCAUGAGCACAUACCAGGAGGAGAAGGUUCUUGUGGACGAUUUCUACUACUACUCUUACUUCAGCGCUGGGCUACGUGUUCCUCUGCCCACCUCCAUCAGACACGACUACUACGAACGCAAGAGUGGCGGUGGCAACCCUACCUUCUUUGUCAUCGACAGCCAGUUGGUUCUGUUGUUUGGAGGUUUGAUCCCCAUCAACUCCUUAUUUCAUCAGAUCAACGAGGUCAUGGCCAAGGAAGGAGGAGGCUACCAGCUGACGGAGAUGGAUCUCAGCAAGUUCCUGGAUAAGGGGCAGUCAUUACCAAUUCUUAUUGGGAAAUAAAUCCUGUAAUAAGUAGAA